AUGUCCACUUCCACAGCCGAAUUAUAUGUCCCCGACCAUAUAGUGCACAACACAAAGACAAUAACCUUCAUUCGCUCCUCCAUGUCUGUCAUAGCAGGUUCUGCUGCCGGCAUCCUCGGGCUAACCGGGUAUACUGGAUUCAUAUUUUACGGAGUGGUCUCGUUGUUUACAAGUUUUAUAAUCUGGGCAAUGAAGACGAAAGGCCAGCCUGGGAAAUACUUUAAGGGUAAAACGGACGUGUGGAUAGAUGGUGUAUUUGGAAGUUUAUUUUCGUAUGUGUUGUUUUGGACUUUGUUAUACGGCACAGUGCACGUCUACGAUUAG